AUGGAGCUUAUCGACUGCCCCUUGGGUCUGGGACUCUUCGACUUCACGUUUCUCUCACUGGGCAAAGGGAAUAAAGGUUCACGUGCAAAUAGCAGAAACAAAAACUCACUCUUUUGUAGUCCCUUCUCCGCUUCCGGCGCUACCUCCGUUACUCUGUCCCCUUUGUUUCGCCCACCAUCCUGCACCUCUACCUUGGAACCAACCGCUGCCCCUUGCCUGGGAGCCUCUCCCUCCACGAAUGCUUCCUCUAGGUUGGCCUCUUCCUCUUCCCCUUCCAGCACCUGUAUCGCGUACAUCACGGAUUCAACCUUCCUACCCAAAACCGGCGUCUUCCAUGACUCUCUUGCCAUCAACUUUCUUCACCUUCAUCACGAUCAAUCGUACCUUCAUAUCGUACCUCAAUGCCACCAUCCAACACUUGUACCUUACGAACAACUCGAACGCAUCUAUCCAGGCACCGCUUUUAAAGUCUUCAUACGGUUCUCAAAAUACGGUGUCAGGGGCAUCAAUGUUGAUCCGCUCAAAGGUUUUCCUAUCCUGUACGUUAUCCCUCCUUCUUCUUCUGCACACGGAAUAGUACACCAUGUCUGUCGCAAGGACGUCUUGCUCUGUGUCCAUCGCGAAGCCAAUAGCUUGCCACCACUUCUCUUUCGCCGUCAUCUCCUCGUAUGGCUCUGUAGGUUUCAGACAUUCGCUUCAUCAGCCCCCUUUAGGGUAUUGAGACAGUCUGGUGCUAAGUGUAUGGGACUCCACGUUUGUUUGAAAGGGAAUUGGGGAAAGACGGAAGGCGGAAGUAUAGUUGGAGAAGGAAAUUUAAAGAGGUGGUUUAGAGCUGUGACUGAAGGUGCAGUUGAAGAAAUUUUCGGGGAUAUUGACUUGUGCUUACUCUCUCCAUUUCCGUCUACUUGUUCUUCUUCUUCUCUCUCUAGCUCUUCUUCCUCCUCGUCUCCUUGUUCGUUCCCCGGUAGUCCUUUCUUCUGUAUCUGGCUGUUUGUCGUCCCUGUUGGGUUGUUGUUGUCUCCAGUCCUUCCGGUAUUCGUUUCUACUCCUGCCGUUCCGCUUCCGCUACUUCCUUCUCCUCUGUUGGAUGACUGGCUCCUUGUCACUGUCCUACUUGUACCUUCUACCUGA